AUGGUACAGCAGGUGCGAAAGAUUUUUAGGUGUUUGGAAGCACUGCUAUUCAGCCUUCCCCAUCAGGAGCGGCCGCCCGGUCUUGCUGACAUUGGAAACCAACAAGAUGUUAAACACGGGUUUCAGGAAUUGACAAAAAUCUCUCUGGAAAAUCCAGAACGUACCUUUGAUUUGGUACUGAAAGUAAAAUGCCAAGCAUCUGAAAAUGAAGAUCCAGUGGUACUGUGGAAGUUCCCGGAGGACUUUGGAGACCAGGAAGUGCUGAACAGCGUUCCAAAGUUCUGCUUUCCUUUUGACAUUGAAAGGGUGUCCCAAAACCAAGUAGGACAGCAUUUUACCUUCGUGCUCACCGACAUUGAAAGUAAGCAAAGGUUCGGAUUUUGCCGUUUGACGUCAGGAGGCAAGGUCUGCCUCUGUAUUCUAAGUUACCUACCAUGGUUUGAGGUAUACUACAAGCUCCUGAAUACCCUGGCAGAUUAUUUGGCUAAAGAACAGGAAAAUGACUCAAGUGAUUUGUUAAAAUCACUGUAUAGCCAUCCUGUGCCAAAGGCGAAUGCUUUAGUCAGUUUAAGUGUGCACUCGUAUUUCAUUACUCCUGAUAUAACUGGAUUGCCAACAAUCCCUGAAAGCAGAAACCUCACUGAAUAUUUUGUUGCUGUGGAUGUGAACAACAUGCUGCAACUUUAUGCCAGUAUGUUGCAUGAGAGACGAAUCAUUAUUACCUCUAGCAAACUAAGCACUUUAACUGCUUGUGUUCAUGCAUCAGCUGCAUUGUUAUAUCCAAUGUAUUGGCAACACAUUUACAUCCCAGUGCUUCCUCCACAUCUUCUGGACUACUGCUGUGCACCAAUGCCUUAUCUGAUUGGUGUCCACUUAAGCUUAAUAGAGAGAGUAAAAAGUAGAUCACUGGAGGAUGUGGUUUUGCUAAAUGUUGACACAAACACUCUAGAAACCCCCUUUAAUGACCUGAACAACCUACCUGGUGAAGUGGUCUCGGCCUUGAAAAAUAAACUGAAAAAGCAGUCUACAGCUACGGGUGAUGGAGUAGCCAAGGCCUUUCUUCGGGCACAGGCAGCACUGUUUGGAUCCUACAGAGAUGCACUAAGAUACAAACCAGGAGAGCCUAUAACUUUCUGUGAGAAUAGUUUUGUGAAGCAUCGUUCCAGUACUACUAAGCAGUUCCUGGAAACUGCUGUUAAUCUUCAACUGUUCAAACAGGUAUGAGAGGGUAAAUGA